UUUGCCCUUUCUCAACGGGCUUCCUUGCUCUCCGGCUGCUUCGAUCACAGUAAAGAGGUCCCGGGACUCUUCGCCUCUUCGUUUAUCUGUCUGACGAUCCGACGACCUACCCGAGAAUCCAGCCACACCCUUCUUUUUUGGAUAUUAGUUUCCUCUCUACCUCGAAUACACACAUAAUGAACACUCCUCGGGAUUCAAAGAAGAACUUCUUUGACGAGCUUCAUUCCGUCUACGAAGGCGGCCUAGACGAAGACGAAGAUGAAGACGGGCUGUUCAAACUCCCUUUCAAGCGACACUUUGUGCCUCCUUCUGACACAACACGGUCGACACUUCCCGCAGCUCGGCCGCAAACUUCAAGAACACAGUCGGCUCCCACCUCCCAGCCAUCGGCUUCGGCAAAAUCGCUCCAGGACAAGGUCAGCAGCUCGGAUAAGUCCCCGUCAGCCAGACGAGUGAAGACUACUGGUUCUACUUCAUCGACUCCAGUAGCAUCGCUCAAAGAAAAGGUCGUCAAUACUCCACUACUUGUCGAACCUACUACUAGCAUUGGCUCGGACAAUGUCCGGCCAGCCAAGAGGGCAAAAACUGUCAGCUCCAUUUCGGAAACCGGCAGAGCUGUGAAGGGAAAGGCCAAAGAGCCGGACCCGAAAGCUGCGUCGAAGCCCGAAGCCGGGCCUGACACGAAGCUGCAACUUCCGGAAAGCUUACGCUUCAUCGUUCACGACCGAAAGGCGGCGGGGAAGAAGAAGCCUCCCGCGCCAGUUCGGAAGUCUGGCUUGUUCGACGGCUUGUAUUUCUACUUCGUACCCAACAACCUAACCGGCCCCGCGCGCAAGUUCCGGAUCCAGCGAGCGAGCGAACACGGUGCCUUCUGUCUGAACUCGUGGCGCGCGGAUGCGGUCACACAUAUCGUAGUGGACCGAACCUACAACUGGUCGCAGCUGCUCUCGCUGGUGAACGCCGAGAUUCCCGACAAUGUCAUCAUCGUCAAGGAGAACUAUCCUGGCGAUUGCAUGCAGUACCGGAGAAUCUUGGAUCAUACGCAGGAAAUGUACCAGAUUACCGGACGGGUGUCGAAGCCUGGGCCUGAGCUGGUGCCGGAGCCGGAGCUGGCUGAAAUCAUGAACGAGCCGCCAUUGAGUUUGAGGAUUAAGGAGAGGAAUCGCGUUCAGGAGACGCAGAGAUUUCAUGAGGUGACCCCUCCGCGGGACAUGCGCGAAGAAACCCCUCCUCGAAGGACGUCACAGAAGCGGAAGAUACAAAACGACUCGGAUUCAGAGGAUUCCUAGAGAUGCAGUUCGACGGCACGGAGACUUGCUCGAAAGUUUGAACCGGAGCUUCAUUCACAGAUUUUGGGAGUCAGGUGGUGAUAAUGCCAGGCUAGCUUUUGGGAAUGUCCUGACAGAGUAGAUUUCAUUGUAAAUAGUCGUCUAUCACCAGUUCUUAUU